AUGGCGUUGACUAGCAGAGCACUGGGUAAUCUGUCGAGUAACACAGAAAUUAGCCCCAAUGAGCAGGCUAAGGCCAUUACAACUCGAAGUGGUGUGCAGCUACUCGAAAUACAUGUUAAGAGACCGAGUGUGAAUGAAGAGACAUCACUACCUGCAGAGGAAGAAACUGUAGAACAGGACAAACAACUAAAAGAAUCAACUCCAAAAGGAAGUCCAGACAAUUCACGGGAUAAAGCCACGUCUACAGUCAACCCACACGAGCCUCCAAUUACAUUUUCCCAAUGGUUGAGGAAACAUAAAAUGGAGCAGCAGUACAAGAAAUUCCUAGAAGUCUUCAAAAAGCUCCACAUCAAUAUCCCACUAGCCGAUGCACUAUCCCAGAUGCCCAGCUAUGCAAAAUUUUUGAAGGAUAUUCUAUCAAAUAAACGCAAGCUGGAAGACCACGAAACAGUAAUGCUUACAGAAGAAUGUGGCGCUAGAAUUCAGAAAAAGCUCCCGAAACUCGGCUUGGGAGAGGCUAAGGCGACUACCGUAACACUGCAGUUGGCUGAUAGGUCACUGGCCCAUCCGAGAGGAAUAAUAGAAGAUGUGCUUAUCAAGGUUGAAAAUUUCAUAUUCCUUGCAGAUUUCCUCAUCUUGGACAUGGAGAAAGAUAAGGACGUCACGUUGAUACUUGACAAACCAUUUUUGGCAAUAGGGAGAGCCUUAAUUGAUGUUCAGAGGGGACGAUUAAUUUUGAGAUUGGGGGAGGAGCAAAUAUCAUUCAAUGUCUUUAAGGCUAUGAAACUCCCUUCAGAAUCAGAUAGCUGUUUCCAAGUCAUUGUCAUUGAUAAGGUGGUCCAGGAGGCAUUCUUACUUAACAGCACAUCCGAUGCUUAUGAGGCGUGUAUUGCACAUUCUCAGUUAACCCAGUCAGACUCUAUUGAGAUUGAGACAUGUGCAAGGUUUUUGGAGACCAACCUACCAUACACACGAAAGAGGCACUUCGAGGAGCUAGGAACAGGGACCACAAAACCAUUACCUUCCAUUCAGCAGCCGCUAGGAACUUAA